CCCAUUUCGAUCGCCAAAUACGUCGAUUGAAAAAAUUCGAUUCGAUAAAUUUUCUGUGCAAAGCUUGCUAUUGGCCAGCGAUAGCUGUUCCCGCAAGAAGGAAAAUUACUUUGUGGUGGUUGCCAAGGCUUAUUCAUUGGUUUUUCCUCUCCAUAUUUGAACAUUUAUGAAAUGGCAGUGACUUUGACCACAAUACUGUGGUUUGUUUUUUUACCAUUUCUGGGAACAUUUCCAGUCACCCAGGUGUUAUUUCCGAUGCGAAAUAGUUAUGGUAUUUUAGAACACCUGAUACGAUUUUAAAAUUAUUAAAAAAAAUUUAAUUUAAGUUUACACUCCUUUGAGUGUUGUUAUGAAACACUUUGGCUUCUUACAUUGAAAUGCACAUAUGCCAUUGGCCGUUUGGGAAACGUCUGUUCAUUCUUUUUCUAAUCACCAUAAUGUAAAGGAAUAUAAGAAAUCUGAUCUGCUUUGUCAAGUCCAGAUUUGCCUGCUGACUGAAGUAUUUAUUUUUGAAGUAUUAUUAUGUGAGCAUCCUUGAUAAAAGGACAAAAGGCAUUUUGUAAAUUAUUCAUUGCAUGUUGAUCACCAGAAAUGAAAAGUUUUGAUAAAUGAAAAUUUUAGUAAAAGAAAGGUUUGGUAAAUGAUGGCUGAAGAUAAAGUUUCAUCAAAAUUGGGAGUAAUGUUUAGCCUUGAUGAAAACAUAAAUACACUACAUACUUCUAAUUUAAUAUCUUGUUCAUCACAACGAGAAGAUAACCAAAAUAUACUCAUUACUAAUUCCCAUGCAGUGUCGAUCAUAUCAAACUCAAAGUGUUCAGAAUUCAAUGAACUGUCUUCAAACAUUUCAAAUAACGCAUAUAAAACUUUUGAUCAGGUUGAAACUAUUUCUUCGGUUCAAAAAACUGUCUCAUACCAAAAUUCAAAUAGCAUGUCUUCCACCCUAAUGAAUGUUUCCAAAGUUAACAUGGUGGAUAGUUCUGCGAGUCAUAAUGAUUUUAAUGUAAAUUCUACUAAUCCCUUACUAUCUGAUGACUUUCAUCAACCAAAUGAUAUUGGUAAGGAUCAUCAAUCAGCAGAAUUUACCGAAUGCAGUAAAGCAGAACUUCUCCAUGACUCGACGAAAACACACAAUUUUUCAAAAUCUGAAAAGCUAAAGCAAACUGUAAAUUCUAGUGGAUUAUUAGAAAAUCAUAGUGAAGCAGGACCAGAUGUUGCUGAAUUUUCUGAAGAGGAGUUGAGAUCUGUUGCGGAACUUUUCAAGGAGCCAUCAGCAUUUGACUUUUUUCAGAAAGCUUCAAACUCAAAGCUGCUAAGAGAGUCACCUGUUGGUCGCCUAUCACAAUUUAUAAAGCUUGAAUCAACUUACAAAGCUGAAGGUGGUCAAGAUUCAGGAUUGGAUAUAAGUGGUGACAGCAAUUCAUUAAAUGUGGCAUGUGGCAAUGAAAAAGACUAUGAAUUUUGUCAACUGAAUUCAACCAUGACUACUGACUCUACUGCAUUUUUGUCAGAAGGACCAGUUUCAGCUAAUAAAAGUUCAGCAUCUCCGAAAAAGAUGGAUAAAACAAGCUCUAGUCACCAACAGAACUCUCAUUGUGGUCAAGAACAGAAACUUUUCACAGAAGAAGAAUUCACUCAAGCACUAAAAAUGCAAGAGCUUCUGUUUCAUGAAAAACAGCUGAAAAGAGAUAAAGAGAAAAUUGAUCAGAUAAAAGUUCUUGAAAGAGAUAAACAGGUUCUCAAAAACCAAGUAAUAGCACUUAGCAAAGGUUAUAGAGCAUCUAGAAGCAUAUUAGAGGAACUCCUAAAUAUUUUUACACUAUGGCUUACGGCAAAAGAACAAGAGCGUGUUGAAACAACAAGCAAUAAUCAAAAAAUUCUUAAAGAGAGAGAUCAGGCACUAGAAGAUUUACAAAAUGUAGAAUCUGCAUUUGCCGAUUUACAUCGAAGGUAUGAAAACUGUAAAGCAGUUUUGGAAGGAUAUAAACAAAAUGAAGAUAGGAUGAAGCAUCAGGUUGCUGAGGUGCAGUUAAAAUUAAAACAGCAAGAGCAGAUGUAUGAGAUGCUUAGAUCUCGUAUCCAAGACAAACUAGACAGUGCUAAUGCUGAAAUUGAGAAUGCUCGAAAAUCUGGUGAUGCUGAAGUAACCGUUUUGAGAGCACAACUUAAAAAAGCAGAAAUGAAAGUAUCUAGUUUAGAAAGAGACUUGGAACAGAAGAAUAAAGAAAAUAUUGAACUGGGAAGCAUAUGUGAUGAUCUCAUUGCAAAAGUUGGCAAAACAUAGCUAUAACUAAGGAUUGACUGUAACUAAACACCAUUACAGUUUAGGGAUAACUUGGAUAUGAAGCAAAAUGUGUAUCAUACCUUUACUAUUGCUCUUAUAAGCCAGUUUGAGUACUUUGUAUAUUUGUUACUUACUUGUUUUUAAUAAGUUGCAAGAAAAGAGAAUUACAAGCUUAAUUUAAAAAAAUAAUCAACUACCCUUCAUCUAAAAUUUUCUUUAUCAAAGUUUUAAAAGCUGUUUUAAUUACUGCUUUUACUUCAUCUUUCAGAGCUUGUUUUUAUUUCUUCAUUAUAUAAAUUCUAAUUUUUGUAAAUAAAACGUUAUUGUGAUUAAAAGUAUGAAUGUACAUUAAAAAUGUGUAAUUUAUGUAUUCUUAAUGUAAAUUAUUAAAACAGGUAAAUAUUUAUUAAGUUAAUAAAAAGGCUUAUAAUCUUACUUUUCCCUAGAAUCUAUGCAAAUAAUUAGGUCAGCAAAUUUCAGAUUGUAGUACUAAUCCAUGCACAGUAAAUAAUAGGAUGUAUGAUAUCUUUAUAUAUAUAUAUAUAUAUAUUAUUUUUUUGCAUACAUCUAAAUUAAUUUAAUUCCAGAGAAAUAAUUUUGAAAUACUUAACUGUACAACUCAUUUAAUCAUUGCAUUGAGUUAUAUAUAUAUUGCUUUAGAAAAAUAAGUCAAUUUAAUUAUUUUGUUCACCCCUAUUUGAAAGAUGCUAUCUUGGAUGCUAAACACAGAUGCUAAGCAUGACUGUGUUUGAUAAUUCAAGUGCAACUCUUACACCAGUUAAAUUAAAUAUUAAGUAAAUCUCUACAUUUAAAAUGACAUUACCAUGGCCAUUUAUGUUGGGACUUAUUUACUAUAAUAUGUAUUAGAAAUUUUGUGCCUUUGGUAAUAAAUUUUAUAUUUUCAAGAAUUCUGAGUUAUCAAAUAAAAAAUAUUUGUGUGUAAUCAUGGUUAUUUACUGAUAAUUAUAAUUUCACUCAUGCUCUUUGGAAGCUGAAACUUAUAAACCCCUCUCUGAAAUCUUAGUACCAAAAUUUGAUCGCCUUUAUAAAUUUUAGCUUAUUUUUUUUAUGGAUUUAUAUCUAAAUCAAUUACUUUUUUUUAACGUUAAAUAUAAAAGACUAAAAAAUUUUUACUGAGUAACUUUUAUUGAAAAUUACUUUUAGUGCAAUUUGUACAUUCUGAAAUUAUUUAUAGUUGAUUUUCUUUGUAAAGUGAACCUUUUUUAGUUCUUUAUUUUAUACACUGGUUUAGUAUUUUCUUCAUUAUAUAUAUUUUUUUAAUAAGUAUGUAAUUUUAACUAAAAGUAUUGUUUCCUAUAUACUUUACUUCUUUUUGAAUUAAAUUACUAGUUUAUCUGUGAUUUUUCUUACUUAAAAGAUGUUAUAGUGUAUUUGGUUACCUCUUUGAAGCAUGACUGAGUCACAAGGGACUAUAAGUAUAGUAAAUAACAUUUGUCUUCUAUGAAUUGGAUUGAAAGCUAAAAUAAUAUUCCUUAUGUUUUUGUUAAUUGUCAUUUAAAAAUCUUAUUGACAAGGUAUAACUGUAUUUUAGUUACCACUUUAUUUGAAAUAUUUUACUCAAAGUAAUUUAUUAAUAAUACCAGUUAUAAAUAUAACUACCUAUACCAUUUUUAGCUUUAGAACCUCUUUUAAAACUAGAGCAUUGAUUUUUCAAACAGCUUUUUACCUUUCAUUUUUAUAGAAACAUUUCAUGUGCUUUGUAAACCUAUUGUACAUUUUUACUCUGUGUAUUUCCACUCAACAAUUAGAGAGACCAUUUAAAGAAGGUUCCUUUGAUAUGAAGGUUAGAAUCUUCUAUAUUUUCUAUGAAAAAUAUGUUUGUGUAUUAACUACUCAUUUUGUACACUCUUUGAAUUAUUUCUUAACUAUGGAUUUUAUGUUUUUUCUAUAUAUUGAUGUUUAAUGGUAUUUUAUUAUUUAAGUAAUGAUAACACUUUAAUAAUGCAGAAACACUAUUUUUUUUUUAUUCUUGAAAAUGUAAAAAGUGUGAUGCAAAUGGGGACUCAAUAAAAGUAAUAUUAACAAUAAUGUAACAGUAUCCAAAUGAAGACUAAUUAACUUUAUGCUGCAUGAAAGUUGAAACAGCAUGAAAAAUACAAAUAAUGUUGCAUCAACUAUAAAUGAAGCACCUUUGUAAGUAUCAACACAUGGAAUGAACUAGAGAAAGACAGGGAUGCAAUAACACUAGCAUAUUGUAACUUGAUUUUGGUUUUUCUGCAUCUCUGUGUUUUAUUUUUCAUUUUCUGUUUUUACACUAAAAAAAUAUCAAAAUACUGAAGGCUUCAUUUUGGUGCCUAAAGGAUCUUGUGUUUGUUUCAUGUUAUAUUGCUUAUGCUUUUUCAUGUAGUUUUAAUUUUUUUAAUGUAAGAGUAACAUGACUUGUGUACAACUAUUACUGAUUGCUAUAUGCUUAGUGUUUUAAGAAUUUUUCUUCUAUUAUUUUCCCAUUUUGGGUAGAUUCCUGUAAUGUGUAUUUUUAGCAAUAAUCUGGGCAAGAUUGGUUAAUAAAUUAAUUGACGCUCAUUGUUAAAUAAAGCAAUAUUGAUUUUGCUCACUAUCUUGGUAAAACUGUCUUGUUUGCUUUUCAGGUUUUUUCAAAAUACAAAUUUGAAUUUAGUUAUGCUUUUUUUUUUAUUUAGUCGUCAAAUUUUUAUAAUUUCAAAAGAUAAAUAUGAAACCUGUUUAUUAAUCUUGCAGACUUGAUAGUUAUCUCUUUUUGUGUGAAGAAAAGAGUAUAAUGACUUCAAAUAGGCUGUUGUAUUCUUAUGGAUAUUUUUUAGUAGUGUGUCUAAGCUUUGAAAGCAUUUAUAUUUUUAUUUUACCUAGUGUGUGAUAAAUUUAAAAUACUUGCUUAAAAAUCUGCAAAUAUGAAUGUUUUUCAACCUAAUUUAUUAUUGCGACUGCUUCUGUUUCAUAAUUUGGCUAAUGUUAGCCAAGUUUAUUUAUGUAAAGCCUGUUAAUAAAUAAUGUCUAUAAAAGAAAUUUCGAUGCUUCCAAAUAAUAUUGAACAUGUUCUCGUAUUAAGCUAUAAAGAAAAAAUUUGUCUGAUUUUGAUAUCAGUUUAUUAAUGCUAAAUUUUUAGAAGUGUUAAAUCUUGUUGACUGUGUAAUCUUGUUUCAAGUUUCAUCUUUUAAAUGGAUUUUAGUGUGAAGUUUUUAUUUCAAGUUUCAUCUUUUAAAUGGAUUUUUGUAUUGUGAAAUCUCCUUUCGCUUAUGAAAAAGUAAAAUGCUUAAUCAUGUCCUUCCAAUCUAUAGUUUAUUUACCAACUUUAGAACUCCUAUUGGGAGAUAGCCUGUUGAAAUUUAUUCAUUUUAAAGGUAUUGAUAACUGGGGUGCCUUGUUUUUCAACUCUUUUCUGAACUGAAGUGUAAUAAGUGGCAAAAGUGCCCAAUCCAUGGGAACAUUACAGAUAUAAUUUUUUUUUCUCCCCUGAGAAGCAUGGCGUCAAAUUUUCACAAUUUUCUUUGAAAACACUGACAACGGAUUUCAGUUAGAAUAAGCAGUCAUAUAAUUAAGUUAGAAAAAACUUCUAUUAAAAACUUACUUUUAAUCCUUAAAAUUUAAGUUAAAUAGCCUUGAAGGGACAAAGAUGCUGCUUUAAGAAGUUGAACAUUAGUAGUCGUAAACCCAAAAAUGGGUCGGCUGUUCAACGACGGUUAUAAAAUGAUGCUACUGGAAUCUUCAGAGGCAGAUAGAAUUAUGAAAUAAAUGCCACGCUAUAGUCCACUCAAGUAAAUACUUCGUCAACCCAAGCAAUAUUCUUUAUGUAAUUACUUAUGUUCUACUUCCUGUUGGUCAAGAUAUAGGUAAUAAACCUCGGGACAAUAGAUGUUUUAGAAUUUUCAUCAAUCCUUUUAAUGAAAUGCUAUUUCACAGGUAAACUUUGCAACGAAAGAUUAUUCUGAUGUGAUUCAAUGGAAAAUCACUUAAGUUUUUAUUAAUACCACCAAUCUUAAGUAUAAAAUGAAUUGAGAGACUUCAUUUCCUGGCAAUAGUGUGAGAACCAGAAUACUUGUUUACCGCUGUUCACACACAGCCAAAAUAAGGCUUGAAUUUGGUUACAAAAGACUUAAUUAUACUGCUAUGUCAUUAGAGGUGGUAUCAUAAGACAGACUUUACUUUCUUGACUAACUCUAAUGAAGUAUCAAAAUAUCUGAAAAUUUUGCCAAAAAAUUGCUAUUUAGAGGAUCCUUAAUGGCAGCCACCUAUACUUUCAGCCAUCUUGGCCAAUGCUACCCACAAUGGCUUCACUGGCCAAGUGAGCAAAGAGUAACACCAGUACUGAAUUUGCACUCCAUUUAAACUUUUAUAUGAGGCAUCUUUACCCUUUUGAAGAAUAUUUAACUUUAAUUUUAAAGAUUAAAAGUAAGGUUUGAACGCAAAGGACAUUUUCUAACCUUAUUGUAUGGUCAUCUUAAACUAAAUUAGGGAAAAUUUUGGUAUUUUCAGUCAAAAUUUUGAGGCCAUACUUACCACAAAAGAUAUUGUAACUCAACUUAUGAAUUUGAUAUAAGACAAAUAUAUAUAAUAUAAAUUUGAUAAUAAGACAAAUAUUUGAUUUGAAACAAAAAAUUAUCUGUUAUGUCUAAGUAGAUUGGCCAAAUAUUACAUUUUGCACCGAAAAGAAAGUUGAAAAGUGAAGCAACCUAUUCUGCUGUGCAAUUGAAAACCAACGUAAGUGACAAAAAAUUCAGAAUUGGGAUUUUUAUAUACUUGGCAUCUUUGUAUGUAUGGCUACAGAUUGCAAAAAAGAAUUUUUUCUGAACUUUUGUUUCAGCGUAACUCCAACAGAAUCUUUAAUUUCCAGACAAAAAACGUCAUUACACUCAAUUAUCAUUGAAAACAUCGUAACAUAGCUAUCGAUUCCCAGAUUAUUUUUUUGAACAUGCGAAAAAUGGACUUAUGAUAAUUUUUUGUAUUGCAAGUAACUGACGGAUGUGAAAGAAUAACCUGGUAAACCUUGUACUUGUGUUUUUUUUCCCGCUUCAUUUCUUUAGUAUCUUGCGCUAAUUAAACACAUGCUGAUUUGAAAAUUUGAGGUUUUACUCAAGAAUAUAAUCUUCAAAUGUAUCGCAAAUUAAAUUAUUUCAUACUCUGAGAGAAUGUUGCGAAACUUCAUAAAGAUUACAGAGCAUCAUUUUCGAUCUUGUGUUACGAUGUAAAAAGUGUGAAUUUUCAUAUGAAUGUUAUGAAUAUGUUUAUUAAUAAUCAAGUUCUUUGGCAAAUGUAUUUCAAUUAUGCUAAGUGGUUAUUAUUAAUAAUUGCCAAUGAAGUUUGGUAAGUGCUAUUAAUUCGGCAUAAUUUAUUGAAUUUCAAUUAGAAAUGUAAUUUUUAUAGUCUGUGUGCUGUGAUAAUAAAUCUGCUUUGUAGAGCUAAAAAAAAAAAGAUGCUGAUUUUUACCUAUGAUUUAAUUUAAAAUAAUAGCUUUAAUUUUUUUUUAUCUAUCAUUAAAUCUACUGAUGAUGGAUGAAAUUUGAAAUCUUGAGUUAAUGCAUUUUAACAUUGUUACAAAAGAUGAAUGAAUAUAUUAGUUUAUAGAAAACAGCUAUUAUUCAUAAUCGGAUAAGUCAAAGCAGUUAUUGCCUGGUUUACCCUACACAAAUGUUUUGUAAGAGUAAGUGUUACUGCCCAUUAUGUCUCUGCACUAAUGUUUUUUAAGGUAAAGGACGCUACCCGGUAUACACAUAUAUACCGGUAUAUAAUGUGUUUUAAAGAAAAAAAAGAGUGAAAAUAAUGGAAAAGAAUUCUAGUAAGUCUAGCGCAAGUAGUCUUCUUGAUAUGAGCAGCGUACAUAAAUCGCAGACGUCGACAUCUGAAGUAAACUAUCUGGCAUUGUCUAAUUGGUUGAACAGGAAAUUCCCAUUAUACAUGUACAUUAGAAACUGUAGCCAAAUGCGUUGAAAAUUAUUAGACUAACCAAAUUUCAUAGGUAAUUAUUUGUAAUAACCAGUAAAUGUAAUAAAUUCUGUGAGAUUAUUCUCUUUAGCUGCAUUUUAUCAUACUAGAAUAAAAUACUGAAGAUGAUGUUCCAAAGAGGGAUUAAAAUUUUUGAAGAAUUCAAAUUCUUUCAAAGAUGAUUUCUUCAAAUUGUCUGUAACGAAGAGAAAACCUCUUGUAUGAGACACUCCUCCCAAAGAUGGAGAGGGGGGAAUUAGACAUCUUGAAGAAUCUUGAAGUUUGAUUCCUGAACUGAAGUUAUUACAUUUUGGAACAACUUAAAGACAUUUGAAACAUCCAAAGAUUUAAUUGAUGAUUGAUCAAGUAACUUUAAGUAAAUAUAUACAAUACUGUAGGCAUAAUUGAAUGAAAUUUCUUUAAUCAUAAAUAUUAUAAUAUUUAUUUAUUUUUGAUAAUUUGAAGAUAAAACUUUAAAAAUAUAACUAAAAAAUGCAAAGCACAAAUAAUAAAAAUAAUGGAAAUAAAUACAAGAAGUGUUAAAAAUAUCUUGCAAAUAAAUAAAUCAAAAACAAAGAAAAUGAUACAAAGAAGUUAUCACAUUGUUGCAGAUUAUUUUUUCGAACAAGAGAAAAAUGGACUUAUGAUAAUUUUUUGUAUUGCAGAUUAUAACCGGUUAUAGAAAAUCAUUGUAACUCCUAAUUUGUUAAAAACUAUAUAUUGUUAAAACUAUAUAUAAACUAUAACAAAUUUGAAAUAUAUUUAAUCAAUAGCUUUGAAUUGGCAAGAAAAAUAGCUGACAAAUCGUUUUUCUUAAAGCACUUGGGUUGUUUUUUUUCAAUUGCACAUCAGUAUUGUUCACUCAUUUUAAAAAUGUUUUAUUUCAUAUUUUAAUAAUUCUUAAAUAUGAUAUGCUUAUUAAGUGUGCAAUUUGAGCAGGUUAAACAUUACAAAUAUUUAUUUGUUAAUAUUCUGUAUUAACCAUAUUUCUGGUAAUUUUAAACUCAAUUGGUCAAUUUGGUGCUAUACAAAAUCAGAUAGCUUUUUAUUUCUUAUUAUUUAUAGAUAUAUCGAAACAUUUUUUUUUAUGUGUAAUAAAAAAAAACCUAAAAUCAUUAAUAUUUGUUAAAUUAUUUUCUUUGCAAUUUAUGUUCAUACUGUACUUUCUUAUUUAUGUAUAAGACUGUGAUAAAAUUUUGCAGAGUUAGUAUAAAAUUAACUCUUGCAUUAUUUUAAUAGAGGGGCUUUCUUUUGACUGAAUAUGUUUUAAAGAUAAUAUUAUGUCAAGGCUGAAUCAUCUUGUUUGUCCUUUUAAUUUGCAAAACGGGUUGAUAUUUACUAAUUUGUAUUAUUUUAUCUUUGAUUCAUUAUUAUUUACCAAUAGUGUUUUCUGUUAUGUGUUCUAGUUCAUAUUUUCAUAUUACUUUUUCUAUUUAAUAAAAUUAAUAAAGCUAAUUUUAUAAUUAA